AUGUCCCAAGGCCUGGACGCCAUGCCGGAAUGUCAGAGGGAAGUCACAAAACUGGGAGGAGGCGGGGCGCCACGUGGGAAGCAGCCGGUUAAAAGCCUCCCCGCUCCCCGGCGCCGCUCAGUCGGCGGAGGCAGCGAGCCCGGGCGAGGGGCGCGGAUUGGGGGGCUCGCUCGCUCCCGGGGGGCGCCCCUUUCCAUGCGGGGCGGGGGGCGCGGGGGGGAGGCGCGGGGGUCCGAGAUGCUGGAGAAUGGGUCGCUGAGGAACUGCUGCGGGCUGGCCGGCCGGCCGGGGGGCUUCGGCUUCCCCCCGAGAGGGGAGCCCCAGGAGGCGGCGGCGGCGGAGGGGUCGAGCGGCGGGGAGGCGCCCCCGCGGCCGGGCUGGCUGGUGGCGACGCUGUCCAGCGUGCUGAUCUUCACCACCGUGGUGGACAUCGUGGGCAACCUGCUGGUGGUCAUCUCGGUGUCCAAGAACCGCAAGCUCCGGAAUUCAGGCAAUGCAUUUGUGGUCAGCCUGCCGAAGCUGGCCGUGAGGGCAGCCCGUUGCUUUUGUACCUUACCCUUGCUAGUUGCUUUCAUGACCAUGCCCGAAGACUUUUACGUCGGUUCUACCGAGUCUGAUCCCAUCUACUCGUGCCGCGUUCCUCCAGGCUGACCAGCUUAGAAGUAUUACACCAUAAAAUUAAAAUUAAAAUGUCGUCGUCGUCAUCCCUACGUUUUCAUUGUCCCGAUCACUAUUGUGAGCUUCUGCUACCUUCGGAUCUGGAUUCUUGUGCUCCAGGUGAGGAGGAGAGUCAAGACGGAAGUCAACCCCAGGCUCAAGCCGAGCGACUUUAGAAACUUCCUCACCAUGUUUGUCGUUUUUGUGAUCUUUGCCUUCUGCUGGGCACCGCUGAACUUCAUUGGGCUGGCUGUGGCCAGUAAUCCGUCGGAAAUAGGACCCAAAGUUCCCGAGUGGCUGUUCGUCGUGAGCUAUUUCAUGGCCUACUUCAACAGUUGCCUUAAUGCAAUAAUAUACGGACUUCUGAACCAGAAUUUUCGGAAGGAAUACAAACGAAUCCUAAUGUUGUUGUUCAUGCCAAGGCACUUCAGCUUCCGGGAAGCGUCCAGAGGGAGCACGAGGGGCCAAAAGAGCAAACCCUUCCCCGAUUUUAACAAUAGCUGUGGUAAAUGAAAACAGAUGGGACCUUGUAGGACGGCAACUGCAGUGCGAGAUGGCAACUUCGAAAGGCGGCCAUUUUGUGAACUGGAAUGGUGCGAUUGCAUUCUGUAUUCUUGCUUACCUUUUCUGAUGCUUUUUACUUGAACAGUAUUCCACUCUCUGUAACCUUUCCUAUCUCCUUGACGAAGCAGAUUUCCUUCUACAUAUUUGCUAUCAAUUAGAAAUUGGCUUUAAGAUUCACCAGGGAAGAAGGGUAAACAGAUGGAUGGGUUGUAGUGGCCGAUGCUACACCAGAAAGCCUGGGUGGGGUCCAACCUGGGAGAAUCCCACCACCUUUUCCUGAGACCACCUGAGUCACCUGAGUGUGCCAGGUCAGCUUCCUCAUCAAGUAUGAAAUCCUACAAAUGCUACUGCCAAAUGCCAGGUAAGCUUGCAGGAAAAUAUCCCUCACCUGGGAACUCUUCUGCAAGUUGAUUUAGUAUUCAGCAGCAGCCCUUUGUAAACUUGAUGGGUGGUCCACAAGAGGGCUUGGGUCCCCUUGGAUGACCGAAGGACCAAUAAAAGGGAUGGUGGCCCUCUUCUUUCCCUCAUGCAGCUUGUCCUUCUCUCUCCGCCAUGCUUGGACCAUCUUUGGAGCCAACGGUGGCAAUGGAAAAAUGGCUGGGCACCAUUUAGCUUGUAAGUGCCCUACAACCAUCCUUGUAAGUCUGGGCUUGUAACUCUGGAAUUAUCUCUGGAGCAGGUGUAAGCUGAGGUUACACAGGCAGCAGACUUAUGCAGAGUUGAUUCCCUAACCAAUGGAGCCAUGGAGAUCAGCAGCAGCACAGUACACACAUGAACAACUCCUGAAAUAAAAGGGAAGUGCAUCAAGAGAUCUUCCAUCUCUCCAGCGUGGUGUAGUGGUUAAGGGCAGGUGCACUCUAAUCUGGAGAACCGGGUUUGAUUCCCCACUCUGCCACUUGAGCUGUGGAGGCUU